UUUGGAUUAGAUAAGGUAGUGACGUCAUUAAUUCUGGAUUAAAUAUUUCGUUGGAUUUUAUAAGAUUUAGAUUUACUACGUGUUUAUGCAGAAUCAUGUUCAGUGGUUUUCAAGUUAGAUAAUAUGGAUGUAAUCAACGUUUCUUAUUGGAAGAAUCAUCAAGUUGUUAUUUGGUUUAAAGGUUUGGACGAAUGUUUACAAAUUUACCUGCCAAACAUUAUCGAAGCCAAUGUAGUUGGUGAGCAACUAUUAUCGUUAAGUCAUGAUGACUUGCAUAAUCUACAGAUCCAUUACAUCGGACACCAGGAACUCAUAUUUAACGCCGUUUCUCUUCUUCAAAAACUGGACGAUGGGCUGGCCACUGAGACGUUACAGACGAGAGCUCUUUGUCUUAAUUGUCGUUGCCGUAGUUUGCGUUCAACGAUUGUCAAUCGAAGACAAGAAGUUGAAGACUACGAAUAUGACGGCGGGGUGUCGCUACAUAGAGGUCCGACAAACCAAUUAUUGCGACUCGCAGCGAAUGUUCUUGACGAAGGAAAACAAUUAGUUUUAUGGUUGGAUAGAGUUCCGUUCACAUACAAACCCGAGUUUCGUUCGAUCAGGGACAAUUUAGUUCGAUUGUGUUAUGAACUUAGCACAACUAUGCAGCAUAGUGUGUUUGCUUGUGUGAUUGAGGAAGCCGUUCUUGGUAUUUGUUCGGAGAUGGAAAUUGCUUCUGACAGUAUUUCACGUUCAAACAAUUCGCUCACAAUAACACCGGUGUCAAUGGAGAUUGUUACAUUAAACAACAUCAAUCCACAAGAAGGGUUGGGUCUAUAUAUUAAAGCUACAUUCGAAGGUCACCAUGUUGUCACGGGAACUCGUUCAAAUUCUGUGGCUUCCAUGGCUCGUAGCUUGACUUCUGGAGAUGAAGUCCUUGCAGUUAACGGCAAACCAGUGAUUGGUUGGACACUCUCAAUGCUUGUGUCUGCGUUAAAAGAACAACCACACGAUGUCUCACUGCUCAUCAAGAAGCGACCACAAAUGGUGACAUCAUCAAACUUCCCUUCCCUUCGACAACAAAGGGAAUGGCCGCCUGCUCGACCAAUCAAAAAGCUAAACCCAAGAAUUCAAACGAACCAAUCACAGCGAAGGAGUCGUUCAGCAAGCCAAUUACAAUUGAGAUGCGCCGACCAAUCAGAAGUCCGGGUGUCGGGGAGAUCCCCUCGUAAUGUUAAACGGAUAAUUGUCAGAAAUAACAGAACCACCCCCUCUACACCCCGUCAUACAACAACGACAUCGUUACGAAAUCAAGAAAUUCCCAAGAGUUCCACGCUUGGGACUUCCCCCACAAACCCCCUUACUACAUUGGGAAUCCCCCCACCCCCCCAGCAACCUUAUCUACCAAAUCCAAACGCACACGGUAUUUGUGGCCGAUCGUCACCGAACACAUGCCUUGAUUUGAAUCGAAGACACACCGUCGUUGGAUGUUCCGCUGUUGAUCAUAUAUGGUACGAAAGUUUUUUAUCUCAAAUCAACGAAUGCGGAACAACGUGUGGGGAUUCACAAUUGCUAGAAGAAGUUUUUUUGCCACAAGAACCCAGAAACCAACAUAAGAAACACACAGAACGUGUCCGACCGCAAUCGAUGCCACCAAACUAUUAUCGAGUUAAACAAGAACAACCGAAGUCACAAAACAACAAUCCAACAUUUCAUGAGAAAUAUAAAAGUUUGAGAAGUGGAAACACCA